UUACCAUACAGUUUGGUGGCGGUUCCGGUGGUAGUAAGGAGCUCAAACAGUACAAAGGUGUUGAAAGCAGUUCCCGAGAAGUCCAGAUUUUAAGCUGUAUCCAUGGCUGAGGUUAGUGAAAAGGGUAGUUCACCAUACAAUUUACGCAAAAAUGUCCCUCGAAAGGGGCCAUCACCAAGGAAACCAAUCAGAGGAAAUGAGGCAAUAGUAAAUGGCAAUGAGGUAGGUUCUUCAGAAGACGAGAUAGACUCUACUCCGACCAAAAAAGGAUCAUCAUCACCUGGUGUUGUGAAUGUGUCAAUAUCAUCCAAGAAUGGAGCAUCACCAUCUCCAAAAUCCAUCAAAACACGUUCACCAGCUGGCAGUCCACAAUCUGACAAAGGAUUUUCAAGUAAUUCAAGCUUUGAAAAAAGUCCUUCACUCCAUAAAAGAACUGAUAAAAAAGCUAAACAUCAAAGUAGCAAAAGACUUAACCAAGAGGAGCAGUCAAACAACCAAGAGGAGCAGUCAAACAACCAAGAGGAGCAGUCAAACAGCUGGCCUUUUGCUGCGUUGACCAUCGUGGUAGUUGUGCUUGGCAUUGUCAUUUUCAGGAAUCCUCACAUUUUAUCAAAUUCUGACCAUGUUCAACCAGAAUUAAAUCCAGAUGGAAAUACUAGGAUUUCUUACGACCACUUUCAGGAGAGAUUUCAAGAACUGAAAAUGAAAUUUCCAGGACAAGCCAGGGACUUUUGGAGGACGGUUUUUGGAAUGCUUCGCCCAAUGGUAGUAGAAAAUAAUCCUGCAGCUCCUGCUGUAUUUAUGAUGGUUGUUCCUAAAAACCAACAAGGAGAAUCCCGCACUGCUGAAUGCUUAGCUAAACAGUUACUUAGCCUGUACUCAGGCCUGUUUAACAGAUCCCUAGGGAGCCAGGGAUCACGCAUACACAUAACUGAAGAUCUCAAACAUGAAAGCCCUGCAGAGGAUAAGAAGGAGCUGGAUAACAAACUUCGGUACAUUUUUGACCAAUCACAAGAGAAAGGUGUCAUUCUGGACAAUUUUGAAUCUUUGUCUCCAUUUGCUGCUCUCCUGCUUCAUGGCUACUGCGACGGUGACAAUGCUCCAUACAAGGAUGUGUUGUUUAUUCAAGUCGUACAUAUGGAUAGACAAGCAGGGGAGAUAACUAGCCAGAAAAAUUACAUGGACAAGUACCUUAAGGAGUUGUGGAUCAGAGACCUAGAUGAAGACAAGAUUCAGCCAUUGCUUACAAGAAUCGCUAAUAAUGUUGCGAUGGUUACACCAGAGAAUGAACAAACACUUCGUCAACACUGUCAGUGACUUGCAGUGUAAUUUUUUUCUCUGAUUUGAGCAUUGCUUUUUUGUUGAUAUAAUUUUGUUAUUUUUUCAUAAUUUUUGUUAUCUGACCUCACGGAGAACAAUUGUAUACAACUGCACAUAUCAACUCCUGUGCUGCACAUGCAUCCACUGAUGUGCUAUACAUGAACAUCUGCACACUCGUGUUGUUUUGGGUGUAUUCGAUUGCCCACACAAAACCUAGUACGUUGUACUUCGUAUAAUUACAAAUAAUGCGGAGAAUUACAUGUUAGUGUCCAGAGCAUAGUAGCUUGAGCAAAACAAACUUUGUUCUUGGAAGACAUAUAGACCACUUAAAGUGAUUGUUUCUUUAAAAGCAUUGGGCACAUUGUUUCUUUAAAAGCAUUGGGCACAUACAGUAUUAUAAAAAUCAUGUAACGUUUCAGCUCAAAUAUAUGAAGUAGAACUGGACUGGGCUGAAUACAGGUAGCUUAAAUUGUUAGUGCGUCUGUCAAAAGUUCAGAGGUCCCGGGGAGAGUUCGGAAGUCCCAGGUUCGAGUCCUGGUCUGGUUAUGGAUUUUUUCCUCUCCUGUUACACAUAUAACUGCUUUAGUAGUAUGAUGCUUGGUUUUAUCCUUCUUUGUAUAUAGCUCGGCUAAAAUCAAACAAGUGGAAUAUCAGAGUUUAUUUGAAUCAUUUCCAAAUCAGGUCUUAAGGUUAUAGGGUUAAAAUGUUAAAAACAUUAAGCCAUACCUAUUAUUAUUUCUUUUUCUUAUUUUGAAUUUUGUGUGUGUGUGUAUUAUUCAAGGAUAGAAUUGGAAGUUUGUUAGAUUUUUCAGAUUCAUGAAAAUCUUCGAUAAUGUACAAUCAAUAUCACAACUGUGGGUGGUUGGGUGGUACAGUGGUAACACACGCGCAUGGGCUGUGGUUCAAUUCCAUGACAUGGACAUGAAAGGGUAUCGGUCACUACCCUUAUAGCACGAGGGUUUUCUCUGGGUACUCGGGUUUCCUUCCACAGUUCUGACUCCUCGUACGUUUCCAUCCGAGCCAACAAGAGUGAUACAUAUAAAUUGCUAUAACUUGUGUUGCAAUGCGUUUACAAAAAUAAAGUUUGCAAGAUCACAACUAAAAUAUGUGUUCAAAAUUUCAAAUAUCAAUUCAGAAAAAUAGGACCUUAUCAAAAUAAAUGUAGUGAUUUGAUAUGUAACUUCAGGAUAUAGAUACUGUACGUUGAUUUACAUCUGGCAUAAUAAAUGUGUAUCAAUAUCACAAGUCACUUAUAGAACAGUAGAAAGUUGACUAUAUCAAGUACAGGAAUGUUUAAGUUGAUUACCAAAGAGAAAAUAUCACAUUUUUAUUUAGAUAUUUUUUCAAUUGACAAUUUGUUACAAUCAAUGUACAAUAGUAUUUAUAUAAGUGAGUUAAUUGAGACUGUGGGAAAAUGUAAUCCAGUUUGUUUAGAUUUUUUGUAUCAUGUCACAAAAUCUUUCAUUAAAUUGAAGUAAUCUUUAUGAAGUGUUCAUGCCCAUAUACUUGUAUAUUGGUACAUGCAUAUUAAUGUGUUUUCCACACAUUUUUUUAUUAAUUGUAAGGGGGAUAUUAGCUCACAGUACAAUCGCAAGUUUGAAUGCAAAUUAAAAAGCUAUCUCUGCACACUUUGAGUAAUAAUUAUUGAUUCAUAUUGAAUAUGAAAUAAAAUAUGGUUGAAACUAAAAGUAUUGAUAGAAAGGAGAAUGGUAGGAGUGAGUGGUUUAAUAAUUAGGUUAUAACCUAAUUAGAUUUAAUGUUAAUGAAACACAUUAACAUGUGGAGUAAGAAUAUUUAAUAUUCUUCGGAAAAUGUCUUGUCAAUUAUUUUUUCUGUAUUGUUGAAUGUAACCUUGACAAUGAUUGAGCAGCUACUGCAUAUGUUGAUUCAUAAUAAAAUUUGUUGAUCAUGGAAA